CUUAUCUAUAUAUCUGGCUGGCGAAAAGUUACGUGUCAUCUUUUCUUCAAUUUAUCUGACUUGCCGGACGAAAAUGGAUCCUUGUUUUCAACUUGUUUUUGCAAAUCCAGAGCUUUUCCACUUCUUUGCCAUCGUGAUCGUAAAAUAAAGAAGGCCGACUGAUUGACCAUUAUGUGUGCUUGACUGAGCUCUAGUCACCAUGGCCCUAGUGGCUGUGGGGCUGUGAGUAGCAGCCCUGAGGGUUGACUAGAGUAUCCGAGAGUCUUCAAGCUCUGAGGAUUGACCAAAGAAUCGGAGUAUCGUCAAGCCUUUAGGGUUGGCCAGAGUAUCUGAGUAUAGAUCUCCAAGCUUUGAGGGUCGACAAGAGUAUCUGAGAAUCACCAUGUACUGAGGGUUGACCAGAAAGUCUUUUGAGUAGCUUCAAGUCCUAAGGAUUGACCAUAGAAUCUGAGUAUCGUCAAGCCUUGUGGGUUGACCAGAGUAUCUGAAUAGUUUCAAGCCCUGAGCAUUGACCAUAGAAUCUUGAGAAUAUCCAAGGCCCGAGGGUUAACUAGCAUGUCUAAGUAUCUGCAAGAUUGGAUUAAAGUUCACACACCAAGUUUCCAUUCAGUCUGAUCAUUAACAUUGGUUCAGGUGGAUCUUUGAAAGCAUUCCUUUGUGAUUCAGCAACCAUUGAUAAACAUCUUUGUUGACUGAUUUAGACAAGAGAGGUAUAGCUUUUUGAGAAGUGUGAGGGAUCUAAUAUAAGGUAACAACCUAUCUUCCUGCUCAUAGUUUCACCAACAAGACUCAGGACAUUGCUGUUUUCCAGAACAUAAUCACCAAUGGAGCAUCUCCUUGAAUGGGAGUGCACUCCUCGAUGUCGUUCCCAGGAGCAUGGCCGGGACAUGACUGCGGUCAUCACCUGUGGAACCACUCAUCAGAUCCAGACCUUCAUCCUCUCCCACUGCCUCAAUCCAUUCUUUGUCUCUGACUUCAGCGGAAGGAAUCUGCUUCAUGUUGCAGCCUCCUGUGGAAAGUUGGAGAUUGUGGAAUGGCUUCUGGCCAAAGGAGCAGAUUGUCGUGUAAGGGACAAGGAGUCUGGCUGGACCCCGCUGCAUAGGAGUCUGUUCUUUGGACAGAUCUCAUGUGCUAUCAGUCUAAUACGGCAUGGAGCAUCAUUGAAGCGAUAUGACAAGGAUGAGCUGACCCCGUUGGAGUUGGUAAUGAAAGACAAACCAGCUUAUGUGACCUUUGACCCUGUCGAUCCUACCCAGGCUUAUUCAUGGGGAACCAACUCGAACUUUAACCUCGGGCAUGGCAGACAGCGCAGCAGAGAUCAACCCGAGCUGGUGGAUUCUCUAGCUGCAGACAAUCACAGUAUCAAACAGGUUGUAAUGUGCAAGUUCCACACCCUCUUUCUAACGCACCAAGGUAGGGUGUUGGUGUGCGGUCAUGGCCAGGGUGGCAGGCUUGGUCUUGGCGAUGAAGCAACCUGCCUAAGACCACAGCUUCUCAAGUCCCUUGGAGCCCGCUGUAAGAUGGUAGCAGCGGCUCGGGAUCACUCUGUCUUCCUCAUGGACAGUGGAAAUGUGAUGUCCUGUGGUGAAAACACGUACCUCCAGCUUGGUCACUCUACCAUUGGUCAGAAAUGUUUGAUACCAAAGACAAUAGGCACCAAGAGCUUGAAGAACAAGGAGAUUAGAGGAAUAGCAGCAGGUCGCUUCCAUACAGUCAUCUAUACCAGAGAAGCUGUGUUCACGUUAGGACUGAAUGCAGGACAGCUAGGCCAUUACAAAGGAGAGAAGUGCUUAGGUAGCUUUCAUCAAGUCACCUCCCUCUCUCAUCCUAACAUUAUCAUUGAGGAUGUAGUGACCAGUGAUGCCGCUACGGUCUGCUUGACCAAGGAUGGCGAUAUCUACGUCCUUCACGAAUACCAGUGCAGGAAGGUCGCAUCAAAUCACCUAUCUUUGAAGCAGCUUGCAGUGAUUGGUGGUCAUCUCAAUGCCGAGCUGGCUGAAAAUGUUUUAAAGAAACAGGGAGGAGAAGAGCUUCAUCUCCUUGCUCUUCAUUCUAAUGGCAAGGUUACCAGCUGGCGCAAGAGUGACAAUUCAUGGAGACGUUGCGUAUGGACCCAUCGUCGACAGCUAUCAGUAACUCGGUUCGCCUUUAAUGAAGAGAACAUGCUCUUCGUGACGUCAGAGGGCGAAGGAUUCCGUGCCAAAUUUAUCAGUGCCAAGAAAAAUGCAGCUGACAUACCCAGUAAGCCUACCACAGAGAAGGGUUCUAAGGACGUCAAAGGAGAACAGCCUGUGGGCAUAGAACGUCUACCACUCAUUCACAGAGCUACGGGAGUUUCCUGUGACCCUCAAGGAGCCAACUUUGUCGUCCUACAGUCGGAUCCCAGAACAAGUCUAACAGAGCUUCCUGAACUGAGUGGAUCUGAGAUUGAGAAUGAUUUCAAACAGCUGAUGGUGGAAGCUGACUCCAUGGACUUGAUCCAUGAUGUACUUAUCAAGAUUGCUAAUAAUCGGAUUGCAGCUCAUAAGUACAUCCUCGCUCAUGGCAGUGAGUACUUCAACAAGAUCUUCACCGACCCUGAUGAAUCCUCAUCUGAGAACACUGGAAAGAUAUCCAACAAACCAGAGGUGGUCGUCGAUGACGAAGGAACCACCAUCAUUGACCUCUCCGAUAUCAUAGACCACGAUGUCUUCCAUGUCCUAAUGCAGUAUAUGUACACCGGUACCUGCGAUGCGCUCCGCCCUGAUUUCCAGUUACGCAGCAGCCACUUAAAACAGCAUUGCUCUUCCAGCCCAAGAAGGAUAGACUGUGACCCUGGUUCGGGGGAUGUGUAUAACAGGGAAGAACUGACGAUUAAUGAGAGAAACCGACACCAGUCUGCGUAUUCUGUGUAUAGGGAACACAUGACAGGAGGAGAGGGGAAGAAAAAGGGGAAGAAGGGGCAGAAAAAGGAAAAGGGGGUGCAGUCGGAUCACCUCAAAGCUGAGAAACGUGGACCUUUGUCAGCUGUCAGACAGGUUGUGGAAGAAGCAAAGAAAUUUGGAAUCAAGUCUCUUGCCAAAAGAUUGGACAAUGUCAAGAUGAUAGAUGGCAGACUGAGUAACUUCGGCCCUGCCGUGUCUCCUCUAAGCUUCCAUCGCACCAAUCACCUCAGUGAUGUCAUCCUGGAGUCGGAGGAAGGAACCCAGUUCCCAUGCCAUAAGUGCGUCCUCUCGGCUCGGCUGGAUUACUUCCAAAGCAUGCUGGGAAGCGGAUGGAUGGAGGCUUCCACUAAUGAACCUCUUAAAAUGUCCAUGCCAGCUUCGAUCCUGGACCUACUGUUGGACUACCUGUACAUGGACCAGGUCCCAAAGCUUGAUGGAUGCCAGGACCUAGAGUUACUGUGUAACACCGUCGUCAUUGCGGACCAGCUCUUCGUCACGAGACUCAAGGAUAUGUGUGAGAUAGCAUUGGUCGACCUCGUAACACUGAGGAAUGUAGCCGAAUUGCUAGAGUUUGCCAGCAUGUACCAAGCCAAGCAGCUCAAAGCAAGCUGUCAUCAGUUCAUAUGCCUUAACCUGGCAUCCUUGGUUGAGUCUGGGAGUCUAGAACCGCUUGAUCAACAUGUUCUGGAGGAUCUCUCAACAGCGUACAAGCAAACUCUCCCAUACACCAGAUUCAUCAAGCCAUCAACGAAUGCACCAGACUUCAGCCACAUUGACCCUAACCCUCCUGAUGAUAAUGCCUCCCAUCAGGAUUCCACAAGCACUCCUGCACAACCCAAAUCCUGGAACCCCACUUUGAACGACUUUGAGGCACUCGCUCGCAAGGCCAAGGCAAAGCGGAAGGGACGGCGACGCACCAGCAGCACCGGCAAGCAAUCGAGCAUGUCCAUUAGCGAGAGCUGCGAUGAUGCAAGCAUUUCCCAAGGAAACAAGCCAGAUGUGCUGCCUCGGUCUGACUCCUGCAGUGAGGCUUUGCAGGACAUGUCCAUCUCAAGUCCUGCAGAUGUGUCUUCAAACCCUGAGGAUCAAAGAACAGUAUCACCUACUCCUGUUGAUCAAGUGAGCACAGAAGCAUUGAUGUCUCCUGAUAAAGUAAUGCCUCCUGGAAGCGUGGAUGGGAUGUAUGCACUGGAGAGGAAACACAAAAGUGAGGGUAAUAUGGCCAAUAGAAAAGAUCCUGUCAAAGUUGCAGUCCAAAAAGGGGAUCAAGAGAUUAAGGGAGAGAAAAAUGACCAUUCAUCUGGCAGCACCAAGACUUGGAGUUGGGCAAGCCCCAAGAGCCCAGUGACUGGUCUACGCGAUAUCAUGCAGUCCCAGUCAGACAGCAGGUCCCACACCAGCCCUCAGGCCAGCACCCACACUGCACAAACCAAUGCUACAGGGCAGGCAGCUAAAGCGCCCUCAGUGUCCACCACAUCACCACUCCCGCUGUCCCCCACACUCUCCCCCACCCAGAGAAUGCAGCCCUCUAGCAGGGGCCACCACACCCCCAUGGGGAAGAAGUCUCAGAAGCAGAGGAAGAAGGAGGCUGCUCUGAUUGGGGGCGGGACGGAUGAGAAGAGGAACGGGGGCGGGGAGCGAAGGGAUGGACCGGUGGCAGGAUAUCACAAGCCUGUGUCGUGUCCUUGGGCCAAGGUGACCUCCCCAGCCCAGCCAUCACAGGUUUCUUUCCGUGACCUCCAAGCUCAAGAUAGAGCCGUUGAAUCCAUCUGGGAUACGAUCCCAUCUUCCCCGGAAAAGAGAACUUCCGCAUCAAGAAAAAUAAGGUAAGGUAUCCUCAAUUAUUUCUUUUCCUACAUUGCAUUUCAGAAGUGGAGUUGGCUGGGAACAGACCAGUGUUCAGUAAACUCAAAGUUUAGCGAUUGAUUGUACGCUUGAUUUUCAAGAUUGACUGUACAUUGUGGUCAAUGCAAUCAGUCCUAAUGAUAUUCUUCAAUGAUUGCAACGCUCUGUGAUAUGCGCCACUGAUUGUAGUUAGCCAGUGGGUAUUAGAUUUUAGCUCAAAUGGUCUAUAGUCUGUAGAUACAAUCCAACCUACAUGUAUCUAUUAAGGCCACCCUAAUAAAACAGAAAAAGUGGCCACUGGAGACAGGUGGCCUUUGAUAAUAAUAAUACAACCUAAUCAUUAUUAUACUUGUUUAUAUAGCACUUAACACUUACUUUAUCAGAAGUCUCUUGCUCUACAGUAAUAAGCAUAAUUACCCUGGCUUUAGCAGAGCAGCUGUUACGCACACUAGGAAUACAUUCUUUCCAGGUACAUGUACCCAUUUACCUCACCUGGGUUGAGUGCAGCACAUUGUAGGUCAAUCCCUCGCCGAAGGAAAUUACGCCAUGGCUGGGAUUCAAACUCCCAGCCCUCUGUUUCAAAGUAAGGGGACUAAUCCACUGGGCCACAAUGCUCCUUAAUAUGACGGGUUCUUAAAUAUAUAUUCAUUUCAAUUUCGAGACAAUUUUGGUGCUUACUAAGAACAGGUUUUCACUACAUAGCAAGUGGAUAACAAGACAAGUUUUACUGUAUCUACACAUACUCAGAUUGUUUCUAUGUGGAUUUACAGACUGGCUGAUAAGGUUUGACUUUUGGCCAAAUUCUAGAGAAAAGCAGAAGAUUGCAGAAACGACUCUUAUAAAUGCUUUAACAUAUAAUGCAAGAUUGAAUGUGAGGAUGAGGUGUUUGUUUGGUGGGUUUGUUUCAUUAAAGUUGAAAAUGUUGAUUGUCAGAUAAGAUCAGUUUUGAGUUCAGUUGAAAUGCAUAAUCUGGUUUUCUAUUUUGUGAAAUAUGGAGUGAAAUUUCUUAUUUGAAAUUUUAAUGCUUUUGUUGAUGUUCUAUUUUUCAUAUUUUGUCAAUUGGAAAAACAGCCUUUCUGUCAAACACAUUAUGCACUGGUCUGUUUCAUGGAUAAGUGGAAUCGUUUGCAUGACUUCUACUUCGGAAUUAUGGUCUUUAACCCUAAAAUGGCCGGGGGGGUUGAAUCAACCCCCCCCUCAACAUUUUCUGCGAUCAUUCUGACGCGCGAAAUUUUUUGACCGCGCCACUCGCAGAGUUUAUACUUUAAAGUCUCGCGCAUCUUUUGAGACCAAAUUUACGACGCCCGGGUACGCGGUUCCGUAAUUACGCAACAUUUCGUAAGUGCAUGUCAGACCAAAAAUUGUUCCAAAACGUGAUUUUGUGUACAAAGUCAAUGCAAAUUGAGUUUUCUCAUCUUAUUCAUAAAGAUAUGAUUAUUUUUACUUUAAACAACUGAAAGCAAUUGAUUUUAGCAUAAUUAUGCUUCAAAAUGGUUGUGCAAUAAAUCUGGUG